AUGAAUGAUGUUACUAUUAAUUUUUUAGAAAAAUUACAUAAAUCCUAUGAAUCCAAAGAAAAAUAUCACUAUGAGUCAAAUUCCUAUUUUUCAACAUCGAUUUUUAAACACUUUGAUUAUUGUUCAAAUUAUUUACUUAUCGUAUCAGUAAACAAGUAUUUCAAGGGAUGUUUAGACUCUCCAGCGCUGUUUACCCUUGUAAAUCAACAAUUUACUCCACAUAAUUUAGGUAUUUCUGUAAAAUACAAACUACUUGUAACUAUAAAAUGUGAAUAUCUCGACACCGACAACUCAAUAUCAUGUUAUUAUUUCAAUGUGUCUCUUGACACAGGUAAUUCUCAGUUCCAUUAUGUCAAAAACUUGUCAGUAAAUCUUAAUGGCUCUGUUUUACUUCUAUACUCCGACACAUACUGUUUCAUCGCAAGCACACCGUUCGAAAUAUCGCAAUAUGUUGUUGAAAAUCAUGGAAAUUGUAGAAGAGUUUUCGUUAAAAAGGUUAUUCAAGGCCAACAGAUUCUCAAAAAACAGACUGUAUCAAAUUCAAUUGUAAACGUAGUCAAAGCUAUUUGGAACCCGUUACACUCAAACACGUUUGUAAUUACAACAAAUGAACUAAUAUCAGAAGAUUAUAGAAAUGGAUCAGAAGAUGCUGAGACUGACGUUGUAGAUGAUUCUCAUCCGGAGAAAGUUAGAAAUUACUCGUUCUUAAGACUGUUUAAUUUGGAUAACAGUAUUGAUAAGGCUGAAUAUACCAUCAAAGUCUCCGAACAAAUGUGUAGACUGGGACAUGAUGGUAAAACUGAUAUAUCAGAGAAGUUUCAAACGAAAUUUGGAGUGUUUGUAGACAUGUUUUGGAACUGUAAUGACACAUCAACGUUUGGAUCAUAUACCAUGUACGUACUAUCAAAUUACGGAUACGUAUUCUGUUAUUGUCCCAUUUCAAUUAACCAAAUUUGUGACACGACUAAAAAUAUACCAAUGGUAAGAAAAACACUUGAACUUAUGAAGGAAGGGUUUACAUAUAAAUUUGAUAAUUCUGAUACCACACCAAAUAACUUUUUCAAUAAUCACGAGAAUAACUAUGAACUUGUACUGAAAAUUCAGGACUCAUUGUUCUCACAUGAUUCCAGUGUAACAUAUUACCCAAUAAUCAUAAGAUUGAUAUCGGAUUGUAUACCUGAUUGUAAAUUCUCAUACUCAUACCCUACAUAUCAGUCACUAUUAGUACUUUCAACAGAGCCUUUGGUAAUUUUAGUAUGUAACUCAAAUUCAAAGCUACAAGUGUUUGAGUCGAACCUUCAACUGUAUCCUUCAAAUUCAAUUUUCUAUAAUAAAAACAUACUCUACCGUGUGAAUCACUGUAAAUUAUCGCACUCGAUGGAGUUUGACUCUGAUGAACCGUUCUACUUUCAGUACAUAUCAGACUCAGAUUUCAUAUAUUACUCAAGAAAUGAGUCAUAUCACAUUAAUUAUAAACAUAAACUAAGUUUUAAGCCGUUUAUUACCAAGAGUCACCAAGGUGUAUUUUCACCACCAAUUGUUAUCAAGUCUAAUAUGGAAGGUUUAGAAUUUGAAUAUAAUAACCCAUUCCACAUCAUUAUCGCACAAAAAUAUUAUUGUGAUUCAGAAAUCCAAGUAUUGGAUUCGUUUCUGUUUUACAAAUUGUUUCCGUUUCCCAAAACUAAUGUAGGAACCAAAUUGAAUGACACAUCACAGUCUUCAAUAUCAUUUGAAUCUGGAAAAACUACCCUGACAAUUGUAAAACCAAAUACAGAUUUAUUUGAAAAAAUCCGUAAUAGUAGAAAUAUGGUCAAUAGAUACAAGUCAAUUUUCGAGACUAUGAGAAAGUUGAAUAAAUCCACUGACAUAAAAGAGAAAGCAAUUGGUAUUAUGGAGAACAUGGCAAUGCUUCAUUCGGAAGUUAUAGCAAAUUUAGAUUCUGCCCAUAUAUAUCAACAAGCAGUUGAGGAGUAUGUAAGGAGAAAUGAACAAGCUUCAGUACUUAUAGAGAACCAUUUUAGAGAAACUAUAGAACACUACCAUACUAUCUUCAAUAAUAUUAAUGAUAGGAUUCAGAAUGUUGUCAAAACCAGAGAAUAUAUAUCAAAUAGAAGAUUAGAACUCAAAAAGAUGAUUGACCUGUAUGAAAGAGUCAAGGGGAUGGACAACUCGUUGGACUACUAUUCAAACAUGAUUACUGAACUUUAUCUUCGGUACUCUAGAAUUAUUCUGAUUAGACUUGAUGAAAACUUGGAAAAUUCAGAUUAUUCAUCUUCUUUUGAGAUGAAGAAACAGUUUAUGAUAGAUGAGUGGUUCCGAAACACUUUCAAGGAAAACGUCGACCUGAUGCACCGUCUUUUCAACAGAAUCAAGACCAUUAGAGCUGUUAUUGAUUCAAUCAACUAG